AUGUUUGUACUUCCAUGUAGAAAAACUUUAAGUAAUAUGUUGGCAUUAAUACCCAUCAACACUGGUAUAGACCCUACAUUAAUUAAAGUGCUUAAAGAAAACGUCAAAAAUUUAAAACCGAAAUAUAGAUUUUGCAGUAUAUUAUUUGAUGAAAUAAGUCUUAAUGCUGGUUUGCAGUACAAUAGUAACGAGGGGACAAUAUAUGGUUUUGAAGAAAAUAACUCAGGUCGUACUCAACAAUUUGCUGAUCACAGCCUAGUAUUCAUGAUAAGAGGAAUUGUAAAAAAUUUCAAACAGCCCAUAUGUUACUCUUUUUGCAAAAGCACGACUAACAGACAUGAUUUGGCACAUCAAAUACGGGAAGUUAUCAAAGCUGUGCAAUCUACCGGCCUUAAAGUUAUAUCAACGAUAUGUGACCAAGGUGCAACUAACUCAGCUGCUAUAAACAUCUUAAUAAAUGAUACAAAGGCAUAUUACUGGAAAAAUAAUAAAGAAUACAAUGGCGAUUUCUAUGAAGUGGAAUACAAAUUUGGCAACAGCACUGAACUAAUCAAAAUUUUUCAUUUGUUUGAUCCACCUCACCUGCUAAAAGGAAUUAGAAAUAACUUACUAACCAAAAAUGUUUCAUUUGAUAUGGACGGUAAAAAAGUAGCUAGUUGGCGGGAUAUCAUGAACCUUUAUGAAUUGGACAGUAGUAUACCAGACGUGAAAAUGCUUCCCAGGUUAACUAAAGAACACGUUGUGCCUAAUGAAAUUAGAAAAAUGAAAGUAAGGAAUGCUGCUCAAGUAUUGAGUCAAAUAGUUUCAUCCAUUAUGGCAUUUCUGGCAUCAAAAAAUCUUAUUGGAGAAACAGCAGGUGACACAGCUAAAUUUUGUCUUUUUUUCGACAAAUUAUUUGACUCUGUCAAUAGUAAUUACGAUAAAGUAGUAGAUGGAAAAAUUUAUCGAGCAGGAUUAAAAAAGAAUUCUCCUCAUCAUCAACUGUGGAAAGAUUCUUUAAAAAUUUUAAGUACCAUGCGUUUUUUGAGUCCUUCUACUGGAAAGCCAUCCACUCCACAGCCACCAACUUUGAAAAAUUGGAUUAAAACAAUAAAAAGUUUCCAAAAUAUAUUUCAAGUGUUGAGUGACAAAGGGAUACAAGUUUUGCUUCUGAGACACUUUAACCAAGACUCAUUGGAGAACUUUUUUGGUGCGUUGCGAGCUUUAGGGUAUCGCAAUAAUAAUCCCACCUGUGAAAUGUUUUCAUCAGCUUAUAAAACUUUGCUGUUGAAUAAUAUUAUGUCGACACAUUCCCCUGGCAGCAACUGUGAAGAUGAUUUUUCAGAGGCCUGUUUGGUUUCGUAUCAAACGUUAUUUGCCACAUUUAAUAACAAGCUGGAUACUGAUGAACCAGAAUUUGAUAGACAACGUGUUGCUGAUUUACCCAAAGAAAAAAAUCCUAGCUGUGCUUCCGACCUAACAUUGUUAGAAACUCAAACUAAAAAUUAUAUUGCAGGAUUCAUUGUAAAAAAAUUGAAUACCAUCUUCUUCAAAAAUUGUGAUGUAUGUAUGAAAGAAAUUUGUUCUAAUAUUAAUAAUGAUCAUCAAAUUAUUCAGGCUAGGGAUUAUCAGCCUAAUGGUAAACAUUUAUUAAAAUAUAAAAAUAAAGACACUCACAUCAAGGGGUUGAAAUAUAUGGGUUGCAUUUGGGUAUAA